CAAGAGGCCCCGCCCCGGCGCGCGCCCUGCCUCGUGCCCACCCCGGGGUGGCUGCUGCAUCCUACGCUGUCUCUGCCACAGCUUGCCUUCCUCCGAGCCAGAGCCCGGGCCGGAGCCUGAGCGGCAACCGGCCCGAGGAGGGGCUCCAGAGCCUCGGCGGCGGGCGGGCGAUGCUGCAGCUGCCUGAUCAGCCAUGGAGGCCGAAGCAGGGGGCCUGGAGGAGCUGACGGACGAGGAGAUGGCGGCGCUGGGUAAGGAGGAGCUGGUGCGGCGCCUGCGGCGGGAGGAGGCGGCGCGCCUGGCAGCGCUGGUGCAGCGCGGCCGCCUGAUGCAGGAGGUGAAUCGACAGCUGCAGGGUCACCUGGGCGAGAUCCGUGAGCUCAAGCAGCUUAACCGGCGCCUGCAGGCGGAGAACCGGGAGCUGCGCGAUCUCUGCUGCUUCCUGGACUCGGAGCGCCAGCGGGGACGGCGUGCAGCGCGCCAGUGGCAGCUCUUCGGGACCCAAGCAUCCCGGGCGGUGCGCGAGGACCUGGGUGGCUGUUGGCAGAAGCUAGCCGAGCUGGAAGGCCGCCAGGAGGAGCUGCUGCGGGAAAACCUGGCGCUUAAGGAGCUUUGCCUAGCACUGGGCGAAGAGUGGGGCCCCCGCGGUGGCCCUGGCGGCGCAGUGGGCUCAGGCGCCGGGCCCACACCCGAGCUCGCCCUGCCCCCGUGCGGACCCCGUGACUUAGGCGAUGGAAGUUCCAGCACUGGCAGUGUGGGCAGCCCAGAUCAGUUGCCUCUAGCCUGCUCCCCCGAUGACUGAGGGCGCCGCAUUUUCCACGCCAACGCCUGCCCGAGUUGCUCCGUGAGCGCGGAGACUGCUGUGGACCUCUAGACCUGGUCGCUGCUUCAGCUGAGCACCAGGGCGCUGGCAUGGACUGAAGAAGCCCUGGCACUGAGGAAGGCCCCUUGCUCUUGCUGGCAGAGCAGUAGGGGAAUGGAGGCUGAAGUGGAGGGACUUGCUGGGUGGUUGGGUGGGGACUAAUAAACUGGGAAGGAAGCAGAGCCCGAA